UUUACAUCAUCACUCGCUCUCUCUCUUUCUCCUGUCUCUGCGUCUGUGUGUCUGAAUCACAGCAGCCAGGCAGCGGGGUGGGGAUGACGGGAGAGGAAGGAGUGUGAACGGGGAGCAGUUGCCAUGGAGAUGGUGGUGAUCGUCGCCAUCGGCGUUUUGGCCACAAUCUUCCUGGCCUCGUUCGUGGCUCUCGUGGUCGUGUGUCGCCACCGUUACUGCCAACCCAGCCACCCCCUGCACCAGCUCGACUGCAAACCCACUGUGGACCUGAUCGGGGCGAUGGAGACACAGAGCGAACCCUCGGAGCUGGAAUUGGAUGAUGUCGUCAUCACCAACCCUCACAUCGAGGCCAUUCUGGAGAGUGAGGACUGGGUACAGGACGCCUCGGGGCUGGUGUCACAUUGCAUUGAGAUUCUGAAGAUCUGUCACACUCUGACUGAGAAGCUGGUGGCCAUGACGAUGGGAUCGGGAGCCAAGAUAAAAACUCCAGCCCGGCUCAGUGACAUCAUCGUGGUGGCCAAGAGAAUCAGCCCCCGGGUGGAUGAUGUUGUUCGCUCCAUGUAUCCCCCACUGGACCCCAAGCUCCUCGAUGCCAGGGCGGCUGCGUUGUUGCUGUCGGUCAGCCACUUGGUGCUGGUGACCAGGAACGUGUGUCACAUGACGGGAAGCCGGGACUGGAUUGACGAGUCGCUGCUGAUGGCGGAGGAGCACAUGGCGGUGCUGCGCGAGGCGGCCCUGGCCAGCGAGCCCGAGCACACCCUGCUGGGCUGCGGGAGCUUCCGCCAGGAGCAGGCCAUCUAGCCCCGCCCCGCCCACACCACCCAGCCCCGCCCUGACCACAACCACACCAC